UGUUACCAGCGGGCAUUAAUUAGUGAUUGGGCCGGUCCCCUUAUAAAAAGGAGACGCGCCCACUGCUCUGCUCUGUCUCCAUACCAGCCAAGAUGAGCUACGGACCUGAAGUCUUUUCCGCCUCCUCCUACCGAAGGAUUUUCGGGGCUAGUCCCCGUUAUGCGUCCUCUCCAUCCCGGAUGAACGUGACGCCAAAGGGAGGAUAUCGGUCCUCCUCUGCAUCCCGAAGCAAUGUCUCAUCCCUGGGCUCAUUCAACAGAAAGUCCGGUCGCUCCUUCUCGCCGAUGCCACUAGAUAACUUCGAUCUGGCACAGAGCACCGUCGUGACCAAUGAGUACAAAAUUAUACGCACUAAUGAAAAGGAACAAAUGCAAGGUCUUAAUGACCGCUUUGCAACGUUCAUCGAGAAGGUGCGCAACUUGGAGCAGCAGAAUAAAGUGCUGGAGACUGAGCUGGUUACUCUGCGCCAGCGGCAGACCGAGCCGUCCCGUCUGGCUGAGCUUUACCAACAAGAGAUCCGCGAACUGCGCUCCCAGAUUGAUGAGCUCAACGGGGAGAAGUCCCAGCUGAUGAUCGAGAGGGAUAACAUUGAAGACGACCUCCAGAAACUUCGUGGAAAAUACGAAGAGGAGUUCCAUGCCCGGGAGGAUGCGGAGGCCAACCUCAAGGUUUUUAAGAAAGAUGUGGACGAUGCCACCAUGGUGCGCCUGGACCUGGAGAAGAAGGUGGAAUCUCUCCUGGACGAGAUCAACUUCCUGAGGAAGGUGCACGAAGAGGAGGUGGUCGAGCUGACGGACAUGAUCCAGGCUGCCCAGGUGUCUGUGGAGAUGGAGGUGGCCAAGCCAGAUCUAACCUCCGCCCUCAAAGAGAUUCGCGGCCAGUACGAGUCCAUGGCUUCCAAGAACCUGCAGUCCGCCGAGGAGUGGUACAAGUCCAAGUUCGCCGACCUUUCCGAGCAGGCCACCCGGAGCAACGAUGCCAUCCGCGCCAGCAGGGAGGAAAUGAACGAGUUCAGGAGGCAGCUGCAGUCCAAGACCAUCGAGAUAGAGAGUCUGAGGGGAACAAACGAUUCUCUGGAAAAGCAACUGCGGGAGAUGGAGGAUAGGCACAAUAUGGAGAUUGGAAACUACCAGGAGAGCAUGGCAGAGCUGGAGAAUGACCUGAGGGCCACUAAGAGUGAGAUGGCCCGUCACCUGAGGGAGUACCAGGAUCUGCUGAAUGUCAAGAUGGCCCUGGAUAUUGAAAUUGCUGCUUACAGGAAGCUGCUGGAAGGUGAGGAGACCCGCAUAGGCACAGGGAUCUCCUAUCCUAGCGUCUCCAUGAGCAGUGGUGGGCAGAGCUACAGCUAUCAGACCCGCAUGUACAGCAGCCCCGCCAAGAGCUCCAAGAAGGAAAGCAAGGAUGAAGACCAGCAGCAGAACAAGGCUGGAAGCAAGGUCUCCCAGCGUGAAGUUUACGAGGAGACGGUGGUCACCACCAAGAAGAUGGAGAAGCAGCAAGAACCUGGCGAUAUUCCCACCAAUCAGAAAAACUAA